GAGCUGUCGAGGCUGAGCGGCUACGAGGAGAUGAAGUGCACCGCCCGUAAUGUCUUCCCGGCUCCUCGUGUAACCUGGGCGACUGAACCGCCCACUUUCGAGGACCUCCGACCCGUCACCCGGAUGCUGGCCAACAAACAGGGACUGUACACGGUGGACAGUCGCCUCCGGCUGCUGACCGGACAGCCUGACCUCAUCUACAUCUGUAAAGUCAUCACACCCUACGGCGGGCCGACCUGGACCAGCUCGCUCAGGGAAAGAGAUAUAAGAGGGACUCAAGGGAGGGACCUGACCCUCCCCUGCACCGCCCCUUCCUACCUGAACCACCCCUCUCUGGAGUGGAGCUUCUCCGGCGGCGAGGACCCCUCCCACAUCCUCACCUACGACAGUCUGUCAGGGCACAGCAUUGCCACGGAGCUCUGGAUUAACCACGUGGAGGUGGACGGCUUCAGGGUCCCGUUUGGGGACGGCUCUCUGCGACUAAUGGACCCCAAGCACUCGGAGCACACGGGCAGCUACACCUGCAGGUUCUCCGUUCCGUACAACACGCACGAGGAACGUGCCGACGUGACCAUCGAUGGUCCUGACGGUGAGCGGAGCACGUCAGACGGGCCCACUCAUUGGUGGAUUUUGGGCCUGGUGAUUGUGGGACUCAUCGUGGCUCUGGCAGCCAUGUUUGCGUUCCUGAAGCUGAGAGGGGGCUCGGGCAGGAAGCACAGAAAGGACCCUGAAGAGGUCACCGAGCUGCAUUUAGUCAAAGACUCGACGAGGGACAGUCACGUGAACGAGAGCACGGCCCUCAGCGCCGGCAGCACUAACGGACAGUCGAGCCUCCAGACCUGAGAAAAGCCUGGAAACUGAACUAACAAUAUACUAACAAAACAAACACACAAACACUGCAACACACUGAAGAGGAACUGAUGUUUAACUUUUAUUUUAUAUUUUCAAAUGACUUUUUGAAAAAGGGAUUCUUCUAAUUUAUUUACGUGUUGAACGAAACGUCUUCCUGAAGGGUUGGUGGCCCCGGACAUGGACCUGUUGUAGCAGGAGGUUCUUAUCUAUGAAGAAACCUAAAGGCUGAGUCCUGAUAAAUGAAACGGAAGUUUUCAUCCAGGGGCCUUUGGACCUUUAGCUGCAUUUGGACGAGGGGGAAUGAGGGCGUAGCUUUAGGCCUGUUCAGAGGUGGUGGAGUGAUAUUUAUCUGUUGCUCUGUGAUGUCGUGACAAUCAGACCCAUCACUCAAAGUAGCUCUUCUCUUUUUGCACAUCGUGUCAUUCAACAAGUAGCGACCAGCGUCCGUUUGAACGAGUCACAAAAUACACUGAAUGCUUAGAAACAGCUAAAGAGUUCCUCUUGUUGGACUCAGCUCCGUCAGGACGGCUCGGACCAAAGUCCAACUUCCAUCCACCCGUCAGCUGAGCUCUUAAUUAUUCUUCAGCGGUCUCAGGCAGCCAAUCACGGAUGACUUUAGGUGAGCGGCGGGAUUAAAACAACUGUCCUCACACUCAAAUUCACACAGGAAAAUAACCUGAGAUGUAAUUGUUUUCAGGACGUUAUGCUACACAGCCUCCAGAUGCACACACACAUGAGCUGUAGGGUGCAGCGUGCUCGCCAUAGAGGCAACGGCUUUGUAUUGUGGACCUGAACCUGAACCUCACCUUAUCUUAUCCUUGAACUGAGAAGAUAAAUGUGACUGUAAAUUACUGAUUGAAAACAAAACUGAAACGCUGACGUGAAAUCUACAGCGGACUCCGUUGACUUUUCUCUCUGCGCUUCAUGAACCUGUGUCAUAUUUAAUGUGAGGUUAUUAAAACAGACUAAUCACUGAA